AUUGUGGAUGAUGUUUUUUUGACAGCGAUGUAGUAGGUUGUAACCUGCAAAUCACCAGAGUUGCGCCCCAUAUUUUAAUAGUUUUAUAUAUUUGCUAUACUGCUGAGGCUGAGGUAACGACGAGGAUUCAAUUUACUGGAACUCACUUUACAAGCUCUUUGGUUGGAAUAAGUAAAUCUUGCGAGAAUGUCAAACGAUGACAAUGUUUGUAACAUCUGUCAGAAGAGCUUUUCUACAAAAGGGACGUUAAAAACCCACAUACUAAUCCACUCUCAAGCACAAAUGUUCCAGUGCUAUAUAUGUAGCAAGAAGUUUCUCAGUAAGAUCUACUUGAAAAACCAUAUAGAGAGGCACACAGGUGUCAAGCAUCAUCAGUGCAACAUCUGCGGUAAAACGUUCGCCAAUGCCGGUUAUAUGCAUAUCCACAAGAAGUGGCAUAACAAUAUCAAGGACAGAGAAUGCUUCAUUUGCAAGAAGAAGUUCCUACAUGCCACAAGCUAUCAGUAUCACAUGAGGACACAUACCAAAGAGCGACCAUACAGUUGCCGUAUUUGUGGUCAGUCUUGUAGGACAGCUUGCGACAGAAACCGACAUGAACGGACUCACAGUUCAGAAAAGCCAUUCAAGUGUUCGCUCUGCACUUUAGCUUUUAAAACAAAGGGUUCUUAUGGAACGCAUGUACAGAAUGUUCAUGGUGAUAAAAGAAUUGAGCCAUGUAAAUUUUGUGGAAAGCUUUUAAUGUCAGCCUAUAUGAACAAUCAUGUUAACAGAGCACAUAAAAUGAAACGUGUGUUUGCUUGUUCUAAGUGUCCCAAGACUUUCAAAACCAUAAAGGAACUUAAUGUUCAUGAUGUCACCCAUACAGGAGCUCAGGAUUACCCCUGCAAAAUCUGCGGAAUUAAGUUCAGCCAUGUGUCCAACAUGAAAAGGCACGAGAAAACGCACAACCGUGAUCGCUGCUACCUUUGUCAGAUCUGUAACCAUGGUUACCGCAACAAGUCAACCUUGGAAACGCACUUGAGAGUUCAUUUUAUCAAGCUAGAGAAGUACAAAUGUGAGAUGUGCAUUGUCUCAUGCCCUUCGCCAUAUUUUCUGAGUUUGCACAUGAAGACGCACUCUCCUGAAUACCGGUAUACCUGUGAGAUCUGUGGGGCAAGGUACACUGUAGAGCAUUCUCUCAGAACUCAUAGGAAAAUGCAUGAAGCUGAGAAGAAGUAUUUUGAGAAGAAUCAGGUUGACUAUGAAACUUGUCUGAAAAAGUUUACAUCUGAGUCUGGGAAAAUGGUCAAAAUGAGAAGGUUGUCAAAACAAUCUCGCAGAGAAAAAAUUGAAUCUUUACGAGACAAUAAUGUUCAACAAAAGGAAAGCUUGAAAAAACGAAAGCGUGACAAUUUACUUAGCAAUUUUGAGUUGCCUGUGAAAAAUAAUAAAUAUAAGCAAGAAAACUGUUUGGUAAAGGAGAAACAGAAAGUGUUUAUAAAGUGUUGUCUGUGUCCCAAAAGGUACCUUGGACUCAAGAAACUUUACAAUCAUUUAGAUACCCAUAAAGCCACAGUAUUAGAAUGCACACAAUGUAACAAAGAAUUCAGAACACCACAAGCUGUCCAUCAGCAUAUGACAAGAGAUUGUCUACUUCUUUUUUGUCCAUUUUGCAAUGAAAGUUUUAAAGAUUUCCCUAAGCUAGAAACUCACAUCAAGUGUCAUGUUAAAGAAAAUAAGUACCAGUGUGAUUUCUGCUCAAAGGAAUUCAGAUACCUGUCCAGUAUUCAAAAACAUGUUUAUUGCCAUGUAUCUAAUGGGAUGUACUCAUGUUCCUUGUGUGAAACAACUUUCCUGACUAGGAAAAAACUCCUUGUGCACCACCAGUCACAUGAAAAUGAUUUACUUGAUGUGAAAGAUGAAUCUGCAGUACCCGUUGAAUAUAAAGAAUGGAAUGGGGACUUAGAUUCUAGAGAGGAGCCGAAUUUGGAUUCACUAGAUGUUACAGAUAAUACAAACACAGAUAGCAUAACCCUGUCCGUCAAAGACUUAGUCCACUUAAAUGAGAGUUCCUGUUUUGAUUUAAAUGUGGGAGUUUCAAGUCCUUCUGAACACGCAAGGAGAUUGCAUGAGCCAGAGGUUUUAGAAGAAGCUGGAGCAAUUGAAGAAUUAAAUGAAUAUUUAACAGAAGAUGAUUUAGAAAAGAUAGUCAACUGUGAAGAGAAGAGAAAGGAACAAGUGAUAGAAAAAGUACUGAAGUGUCAUGCAGAAACAAGUCCAGAUGAGGAACACAAGAUAGAGAUGAUAGUUAUCUGCCAUACAAAUACAAGUCAAGAUCAAAAUCACGAAGAAGAUAUUGUAGUUUAUUGCCAAGAAAAUACACAUACAGAACAAGGCCCUAUGCUGAAUUAGCCAAUCGAUUACACAAUUUCAGAAAGAAUGGACGCUAGAAAAAAUGGAACAAGUACAUAUACUGAACUGUCAAACAAAUACAAACAUUUGAAAAGAAUCAAAGCUAGAAAAGAUAGAUAAAUGUCAACUUAAUUAAAGUCCAAAGCAAAUGACAAAUAAAAGAAUCUGAACUGUCAAACAAAUAGGUGAACAUGAGAAUAAAUGCAAUAGAGAUUGAAAAUACAGUGAAUUGUAAAGUUAUCUGAAACCAGAAGAGAUGGUGAUCUGUCAAGCAACUAAAGAAAGCAUACAAUAAAAAAAGACCUUGGAAAGCUAGUGAAUUGACAAGAAUACACAAAAAUAACAGAACAUGAGACAUUUGCAUAUAAUGUAGAGGAUACCAGAAUGUAGAAGUCACCAGCCUUAAUUGCUUUAUGAAUUUAAUUGAUUGGAUCAAUUUAAAUCUGGAUGUAAAUUGUUAUUUCAUUCUCAGUAGAUUGGAAACCCGGGAAAUCUGGGAAUGUUACUGUACCUAUAGAAUAUUGUAUUUUGUUGUGAUAUGUUUUGUGGUAGCAAUUGUUAUAUUUGUUUUGUUUUUUAAGAAAGACCUUAUUGGGCAUAUAUACUUACAUUUAAUCAAAUGUAAAAUUUGAACUUGAUACCAACAACAGAAUAGAAGAAUUGAAUAGCUAACAUUUAGAAUUAUGGAGGAUUAUUGUAUUGCAUAAUCACAAAUAUAGCAAACAGACCUUAUAUUUAUUGUAAUUUAUUGGUCUGUUAAUGGAAUAAUUAACAUUUUUAAUUAUGGAGAAAUAUUGAAUUACAUAAUCACAAGUAUAGCAAAGAGAGCUUAUAUUUUUUGUAAUUUAAAUUUUAUUAAAUUGUGAUAGUGAUUCCUUUAGUUCAGGACACUUACACUUGUUGUGUGAACAUAUUUGAGCCGCAUUGUGCGAAAAUGGGCUUUAUGCUGAAUGCGUCCAGCUUAGCUUUAAACCAUCCUGCACAUCUUCACAGUCUGGUCAGGUGCUACCUUGUCAGUUGAUGAGACUUCACAGUGGAAAGCAUAGCUUAUGACUAGACUUUGGUGUUGCGCAGGCUGGGCUGGAGCUAAGCUGAGCUCAUAUGGCAUAAAACCUGUGUAUGAAAUGUGUCAUUUUAUGUUUGUUUUCAACACAUAAUGCUUUCAAUGUAUUUUAGUAUAGACACAGAAUGGAAUUACAUUGUACUAUUAAACUUUAAUACUGUACAAACAAAUUAAAUACCAUUGUGAUUAAAUAUUCUAACUUGAAUAUUUAUUAUAAUGAAUAGAAAUCAUUGCUAGCAUUUCUUGUGUCAAUGUUGUUACAAAAUGAUAAGAAAUACAAUAUAAACUGCCAGACUUUACUGUUAGGAUAAAUGUCGUUCUUAACAGUAUCAGACACAGUUGUAUAGUGUUUUUUAUUUUCCUUAAUGUUCAAAAGACUCAAGUACGCCUUGUUGUGUGAAAUGUACGUUAUUUUGUGUUGCUAUUUUCUUUAUCACUGGCAAGUCUCAAGAAAUUAGAAUUUAUUGUAUACAGUUGUAUACAAUGUUACACAUGUUCACCAUUUUGUUUCAAUGUGUUACAUGUUACACGCUAGGUAUGUGAUCCAGAGGUCAAUGUCAACUUUCAAAACAUGAGUCUGAUACAUCUUUUGCAGACUUCAAAUUCAUAAUUCUGAGAGCAAUUUUAAAGUCAAAUGCAUCACAUGCCUGAUGGUCACACUGUUGAGAGGGUAUGUUGUACAUCUUGCCUGAGCCCUGAGUUCAAAGGUCAAGGUCACACUCAUUUUGUAUCAUUACAAUAUGAAUUUGCAUUCUUGUCAUUGGGCUCAACAUAUUACAGACAGACAAAUACAAAUAAGUUUUCAAAGAAGAAUACCCAAAAGCAUAAAAAAUACAGCAUGACAGAAAAAGGAAAUUAUAGUUGUGAUAUAAAUUAUUGUUUUGUGUUAGCAUUAUUGUGUUCAUGAAUUUAAAAGCAUUAUUGACUUUCAUGGAUUACACAGGUUAUUACAUGUCUCAAUGAUUAAAUCUAUGUAUAUAGUGGGCUGUUUUUUGCUUUAAUUCCUUAUAUUAACUUGUAGAUAAACAAGAUAGAAAUGAUUGGUUUACAUAAUUUUAUGUUGUUGUAUUUGUUUGUUAAGUUGUUGUAUUGUUAUGUUGUUGUACUUUGAACACAGAAAACAGUGAAUAAAAAAAACAAAACUAUACAUGCUUGAAAAUAUCUUAAUUUUGUUCUAAAAUACUGCAAUGACUAUAAUAAGAUCCGAUUAUCAGAUAAGACUGAGCUAUAUUCUUCUGUUUAAAACUUGAAAAUCUGUCUCAGAUUUGGGAAAUUUUCUCUUUAUGCCCCCAGUAGGGUGGCAUAUAGCGGUUGAACUGUCCGUCAGUCAGUGUGUCUGUCCGUCCGUCGGAAAAAAACUUUAACAUUGGCCAUAACUUUUUAAAUAUUGAAGAUAGCACCUUGAUACUUUGCAUGCAGGUGUAUCUCAUGGAGCUGCACAUUUUGAGUGGUAAAAUUUUAAGGUUUACAUCAUCCUUCAAGGUCUAGGGUCGAAAAAACAAAGCCAAGGGAAGUAAUAAGCUUUAAAUAGACAUAGUUAUCUGACCUGCCCACGUAUAUAUUUUUGUUAAAUAAAUCAAAGCGGCGCAGUAGGCGGCAUUGUGUUUCUGACAGACACAUUGUGGUAAAAGGUAAAGGUCAUCCUUUACGGUCUACGGUAAAAAAAACAGAUUUAAGGGAAGUAAUAAGCUUUAAAAAGGGAGAAAAUUAUUCAAUAUUGAACAUAGCCACUUUAUAUAUUUGGCUUGCAUGUGUAUCUCAUGGAGCUGCACAUUUUGAGUGGUGAAUCUACAGUCACGGUAGUGGCUUUUAAUUAUUUGCUACUAAAAAUAGAGAUUUGUUACAGACAAUUAUUUUCAAGGAAAGUAAUUUAUAUAAUUAUAAAUCUCAUAUGACAUAUUUCCUUACCAAGAAUUGAAGUUCUUUUCACAGUUACUGUACAGAUUAAUUAUUUUGAUUAUUUAUAACCCAAAUGAUUGAUUUUUCAAAGUUUUUAAUUAAAUGAUAUAAUUAUAAUUUCUUUGAUGUUCAUAACAUACCUGUAGACUUAUGUCCAUACAUGUAGAUACAUGAUCAACUCUGGCUACAAUCUCUUUCAAACCACAGGCCUUGGUUGUCAGUGAUGUCUGACAUGGUCAUGAUCGACUGUGAGAUCCUCCCCACCCCCACCCCGGUUGGAUUGGAAAAAAUUCAAGGGAAGUAAUAACCUUUAAAGGGAGAUGAUUUCUAUACAUGCCAAAUGAUAAAUAGAAAUUUUAUUUCAAUGCGGCGCAGUAGGGGGCACUGUGUUUCUGACAAACACAUCUCUUGUUGAAAUCACUUAUUAUGCUUCAACAUACAAUUGCUACCAUAAGCAUGAGGCUUGCUGUUUUUAUCAUACCGGUAGUUGUAGAACUUAAGUUCACAGUGUGUAAAAAUACUAACACUUUUGACUAUGAAAAUUGCUUAACGUAUCUGUUUAUAUCCUUAAACAAGUCCCUUUAAUUAUGGAAGUUAACUAUCAAAUAAACAACACAAAAAGCACUCCUAUGUCCUGACUUAUGAAAACAAUUACAAUUUUAAGUUACAACUAAAUUGUAUAGCUUUUAAUGUUGUGUUGUACUUUGAAUAUACCUUUCAAUGUUACAAAAGAUUGUUUCUGAUUUUUA